CCAUUCACAGCUAUAUAUCUUUCAGGAUCUACUCAUAUCCUGUCAUCUUUCAUUCGUCGACUGAUCUCACAGGCAUCGCAAAUGCAAAAAUGGGUUCUAAAGGCUGCUAAUCAGAUAUUUUCGUUUUCCUAUAUUAACCGUGGAGAAGUUUUGGAGCGGGAUUUUUUCAAUCUUCGGAAAAUGUUGGUAAUCGUAUCCUUGGACGGUGUCAUCUUUGGACUGGAUAGUAGUGAUGGGUCAGUUGUGUGGCGCCAUUGGCUAGGUGACAAUUUUGCCCCUUUGAUCAGCACUAUAGGAGUCCCUCUGUUCAUUCAUCGAACUACUGCUCAUUAUCAACGGUCCGGAUUAGCAUCUGUAGUGUUUAGGGACUCUACCUCUUCUGCUGGUGUUUUGGUGUUUUUUGAUCCUAUCACAGGAGAAAUUAGGGAUAGAACUCAGUUGAUGACGGCGAUCAAGCGAGCGGAUGUGCUUAGCAUCGCUGGCAAAGAUCACAUAAAUCCAUUACUUAUAGUAGGACAAAAUAAUCAGGUACAUAUCUUUCCUUCUCAACCUGACGAAGUGCUGCUUGCUGCACCACCGGUGUAUAUAUUCAACAUCGAAUCCUCGCGCAUUUCCGGAGCCAAACUUAAUUUGGUGGGAAAGGAACUCAUCAAUACUUGGUCUGCAGAUCUGCAUCUCGCACCAUCGGAACAUAUUAUAAUAGUCAAAGGAAAGCCUCGACAUCAAAAAGUGCAUUCACAAGGACGUGUUUUAAUCGACCGCAACGUUCAGUACAAAUACGCAAAUCCGAAUCUGGUUGCGAUCGCUGCUCUCGAUGCAGUCCACCAGCACUUGUUACUAUUCCUCAUAGAUGUUGUAUCCGGUCAGAUGGUUCAUUCUGCUCGCUUGCCGAAAGCUACUGCGCCUGUUCAUCUUGUGCAUUGUGAGCAUUGGAUUGCGUAUUCGUAUUGGUCCGAGAAAGGGCGACGUACAGAAAUUGGAAUACUUGAACUCUACGAAGGCAGCGAGCAAACCUAUAAGGAUCGCUUUGACUCGCUUACGCCUACAAAGCAACCUCCUGAGAUCAUUUCGCAAAGCUUCAUUUACGCUCAAGGGAUUCAAGCCAUGGGAGUGAGUGAAACAGAAAAGGGACUAACAACGAGAUCGUUGUUGUUGGCUUUACCUCUAGGAGGUAUCCAUGAAGUGACCCGCAAGCUACUGGAUGCGACGAGGCCUCUUGAACUGACGCAAGAAAUGCGAGAAGAGAUGAUGAUACCAUACAUGCCGGAAAUUCCCGUUGCAACGGAAGAUAUGGUAAACUAUAACCAAACCGUACACGGAGUUCGAGGAAUUAAAACUGCGGCAUCAGGUUUGGAGUCCACUAGCCUUAUGCUUGCUUAUGGAAAAGAUGUAUUCUUCACUCGGCUGACACCUUCCGGAACGUUCGAUAUCUUGAAAGAUGAUUUUGAUCAUGUCCUUAUUAGCGCAGUUUUAUUCGGGUUGAUUGCUGGUAGUAUCAUCUCAAAGAAGCUAGCAAGGAAUAACGCUCUUUCUGCAGCUUGGACUUAA